AUGGAGACACAAAGUGCUUCAACUUUAGUGUUUGUAUUUUGCACCUUUUUACUAGGAUUCCAAAUCUUUAGUGCUCUUGAUAUGAUUACUUAUUUUGGAGAGAGGUUGAUGGAGAAGUAUAGAGAGAGGAAAAAUGAUUUGCGUUUGGUCUUUAAUGAUCUAGAGAAAGCUUGUGAUAGCGUACUACAUAAGAUCAUUUGGGAUAGCCUUGAGGCAAUACAGGACAUGUAUAAUGGAGUCACGACAAGCAUCUAUGUACAAAUUGGGCUAAAAGAUUAUUUUCUAGGUUUAUAUCACGGAUCUACACUAAAUCAUUUCAUUUUCGCCAUAAUUAUAGAUGAACUUUGA